AUGGAUAAAUCCGAGCGCAUAGUCAUUAUCGGCGCAGGCGUCUUUGGCUUGUCGACGGCGUUCCACCUGGCCGAGCAAGGGUAUCGCUCUGUCACGGUCCUCGACCGCUCGAUGCCCCCUGUGCCCGACGGCUCCAGCAACGACAUAUCGCGCGUCAUUCGGUUUGACUAUGGGGAUGAGGUGUAUGCGCGGAUUGGAAAAGAAGCUUUCGAUCUGUGGAAGACCCCCGAUUUUAAAGAAGCCUUCCACCAGACACCGUGUCUAUGGGUGUGCCAGGAUGACACCCCCGAGCAGCCCGUGCAGCCCAACGCGCGCGAGUACAGCCGCAAAACCAAAGACGUUCUGACUGCGAUGGGUCAGGAAUGGCAAGCUGUCACCACCGCCCAGCAGGCCAAAGCCCGGUUCCCCGAACUGUCCGGGCCAUUGGGGCCUGGCUUCGACGCCUUCUAUAACACCGAGGCGGGAUGGGCGGAUGCCGGGAUGGGAGUCGCCCGCAUGGCUGCACGAUGUAUAUCGGCGGGUGUCUCCUUCCAGACGGGGCCCAACGGUCAGGUAACGGACUUUGAGAAGGCUGUCGACGGGACGGUCACGGCCGUGCGCACCGCCAACGGCAGCCGCGUGGAGGGCGAUCGGUUCAUUGCAGCGACUGGGGCGUGGACAGCAGGCCUGAUCCCAGCGUGGAACUCGAUGGUCGCGGCGGCCCAGAUUGUGGGAUACCUGCGGCUCACCCCGGAGGAGAUGGUGCAGCUAAAGGACAUGCCGAUCUACUUCAACUUCUCGACGGGCUUCUUCUGCUUCCCGCCGCAUGAUGGCUCGGGGUAUCUCAAGGUCGCCUGCCACAGCUACGGCUACACCGUGUCUUCUCCCUCCGUAUCGUCUCAGAUCGUUUCCUCCCCUCCUGGAGGCUCCGUGUCCUCCCGUGCCGACUUCAUCCCCGUCGAGGGUACGGAGCGACUGCUGGCGGGCGUGCGGGAGAUCCUGCCCCAGCUGGCCCCACGGGGAUUUGAACGGGUCGGACUAUGCUGGUACAACGACACCGAGAUGGGAGAUUUCAUCUUCGACUACCACCCGGAACAUCGGAACCUGUUCAUCGCGACCGGUGGGAGUGGCCAUGCCUACAAGUUCCUCCCCGUCAUCGGUAAAUACAUCGUCGGAAGCCUCCAACGCAGCCUGCCGCGCGACCUUCUUGAGAAAUGGAAGUUUCCAACCCAGUUCCGGGGUGCGGCCAAAGGCGAGCUUUUCAAGGGCGAUGGGAGUCGGGGUGGGCCUGAACGAAGGGAAUUGACAGAUGAGGAGAAGCAUCGAUACCAAUCUGCUUUGCUGGCGGCUUCGAUGCGACAGAGCAAGCUUUAA